AUGUCUGCCGGAGAUAUGCACGACGAGCAGGUCAAGGAGGCACUCAUCACCUAUGAGAAGCUCCAGGCCAUCGAGGAUGACUUCGAGGAUGUUGAGCUCGAGAUCCCAACAGUCCGUCAGCAGGAUAAGCUCACCAAGGACCUCUACGUCAAGCGCCAAGAGGUCAUCGCCAACAUCCCCCAGUUCUGGCCCCUCGUUUUCGAGCAGUCCCCUCCCGAGGUCGAUGAGUACAUUCAGCCCAGCGACUCCGAGCUCCUCCUCAACGCCCUGACCGGCCUCUCCGUUGAGCGCUUCGAGCUGCCCAACGGUGACCCUCGCUCCAUCUCCCUCAAGUGGGAGUUCAAGGAGAACGACUGGUUUGAGGACAAGGUUCUCGAGAAGAAGUUUUACUGGCGCUUCCACAAGGACGGCUGGGCCGGUCUCGUCUCCGAGCCUGUCGAUAUCAAGUGGAAGGAGGGCAAGGAUCUGACCAACGGUAUGCUCAGCCUCUCCAAGAAGGUCUACGAUGAGGAGAAGGCUGGCAAGAAGCCCGGUGAUACCGAGACCUCCAAGAAGCUCCUCAAGCUCAUGGAGGAGACUGGCAUGGGAGGUGUCAGCUUCUUCUGCUGGUUCGGUUUCCGCGGCCGCAAGGUCAGCCCCGAGGAGUCUGAGGAGGGCCGCAAGCUCGAGGAGGAGAAGCGCAAGGCCCGUAAGGAGGGCAAGUACGAUGAGGAUGAUGAUGACAUGGACGAGGAUGACGAUGAUGAUGAGUACGAGUAUGAGAUCUUCCCCACCGCCGAUGAUCUCGCCGUCUUCAUCGCCGAGGAUCUGUGGCCCGGUGCCAUCAAGUACUUCACCAACGCCCAAGAUGCCGAUGAUCUCCCCAGCGACCUCGAGUUCGAGGAGAUGGACGAAGAUGACUCUGAUGACGAUGAGGCCCCUGCCCUGAAGAAGCGUAAGGCCUAA